AAAGGAAAACAAGUAAAAAUAUCAGAAAACAUAUUCCUAAAUUUCGUUUGAAAACAACAGGUGAAUCUGCUUGUUUAACUACAGGUGUUAAUGUAAUACCUUUAGUACUGACAGAUGUACAACAUUUACUAUUGCACUCACUAUUAGGAGUCUCAACUUAUACAAGUACCCGUUGGUAUGUGUUGGAAAAAUGUGGCCACAUAUCUCAAACAACAUGCCUCAUUUUAGAAGGCCUCUCUAUAAACAACUUAGAAAAUAACUUGGAUAAGUUAAUAUAUUUAAAGAAUUCAUGUAAUCACAGUGUAGAAAUUUUGACUCCUUCAGUCUACAAAGGAUCCUUGGUACAAGAACUUGCACAGGUUCCUUUAUCUGAUGCAGAAAAGGAAAGUUUAAUACAGAAGUAUGGAAGUAUGAAUCUAGCAUUGGAAGUUAGAAAAGAUUUGAUGGUGAUGAUGCGAGCUGUGUUUCCCAUUGAGGAUAGUAUUUCACACAGUUUAGAUGAAGAAACAGAUACCCAAGACAUUCAAGACAAGUUUCCUAGAACUCAGCUUAUAUUAUCUGCGUGGCAAUUAAUUGAUGAAAACUAUCCUGUGCCACUAAAAGGCAAAUUAAAAAAUGCAUAUUCAGAUUACAUAAUGACCAAAGAUAAGUACAUGCCUGUAACAGCAAAUUCUCCUCUGUUUGGAUUAGAUUGUGAAAUGUGUAUGACAGAUGCUGGUUUAGAAUUGACUCGUGUUUCUCUUGUCAAUGAAAAGCAUGAAAGUGUGUAUGAGGCCUUAGUCAAACCGUAUAAUGAUAUUACUAAUUAUUUGACAAGAUAUUCUGGCAUUACCAAGACAUUGUUAAAUGAUGUCUAAAGGCUAGAGGAUGUACAAAGAGAUAUAAGGGACCUAUUACCUGCAGAUGCAAUAUUAGUUGGCCAAUCACUAAACUCUGAUUUACAUGCUCUAAAAAUGAUGCAUCCAUACAUUAUAGACACUAGUCUAGUAUACAAUUUUACAGGAGAAAGAACUCAAACCAAAAUUAAAACAUUGGCAAAAGAGUUUUUAAAUGAAGACAUUCAAAGUGGAAGUGGUGGACAUUGUUCUGUUGAGGAUUCUAUAGCAUCUUUAAAAUUGGUACAACUGAAGCUCAGCAAGAAUCUAGAGUUUGGGGAUGCAGUACAUACAAAUAGACAGAAAUACAAAGAGAAUGUGGUAAAAAUGAUACAGUCUCCACAGUAUACAAUGUCUAUAUUCAACGAAUGA